AUGAAUAUAAUACUUAAACGACCAUUAGCUAUAAUUCAUCAACUUCAAAGAAAGCACUCAGUUUUAACAAUUGAAAAUGUCAAAGAAAUACUUCAUGAAAUUGUUUUAUUUUUAAAUACGACUGAUAAUCGAGCAAAUGGAUUACAUGAAUUAGUUACAAUUUGCAAUGAAUUCGCAUCGGUACAUAUGUUUAUACCAUUUGAUAAUUUAGAAAUCAUAAAACAUGAAUUUUUCAUUAUUCUUGGACGUACAUUUGAAAUGUUAUUAUUAAAAGCAAGAUUAAUCUCUAUGACAAAAGAUGAUGAACAAUAUUUAUAUGACUUAAGUUAUUUUAUAGUUAAUUUAUGUUUACAUAAAAAUGCAGCAUCAUCAAAUUUUUUUACUGAUAAUAAUGAAAAAUUGAAUCCUGCUAACGAAGACAAAUUUUAUUCUAUGUCAUAUCAAAAAAUCUUUUUAACAAAAUCAUUUUUUGAAAAAUUUAUUAAAAUUAUUACAGAUGAUUUAAUUAUUAAUGAUUAUCAACCAUUUCAUGUUAAAUAUAAAGUUAUUCAUCGUUUACUUCAUCUUUGUAUUGAAUUAAAUGGAAUUGAUCAUAAUUUACUAAUUGAUCCAAUUAUUCAAUGUUUAAAUUCAAAUUUUUAUUUUGAUGCUUUUAAAACAAUUGAUCUUCGUCAAUCAACUUUUAAUCCUAAACAAUUAUUUUUUAUUUGUGAAUGUGAAGAAUUUAUUAUUCAACGUUGCUUGAAACGACAAGAUGAAAUAUCUAAUAUCUUAUGUCCACCAAUGUUGGAAUAUAGUCGAGAUAUUCUUAAACAACAUAUGCCAAUUUCAUUAGAAGGAGAAGAUUUAGAAAACAUUGUGUGCAUAAGAGGUGCCAAAAUACAAGCAAUUAGUUUACAUAUUAAAUUAUUAAAUCAUUUUGCUUUGACACCAACAACAAGAAAAUAUUUCAUCACAGGUACAUGA